GCCGUCAUCGGAGACUCCGGGUGUGGAAAGUCAAGUUUUAUAAACGCCAUUAGAGGAAUCGUAGAACACAAGGACUCUAAGGCAGCAAAAACAGGACUAACGGAAACAACGAUGGGUAUGACAGAUUAUCACUAUCCAGAUAACCCAAACAUAACACUUGUCGAUUGUCCUGGUCUUGGUACGGAAAACUUUCCUAAUGUUAAAACCUACGGCAAGAAAAUCAAGAUUGAUACGUACGAUGCAUUUAUCAUCAUCACUGCCGUUAGGUUUACAAUUCACGCCGGUAGAUUGGCAAGGAAGGUGAAAUCAAUGAAUAAGCCUUUUUUCCUUGUCCGCACGAAAAUUGACCAGGAUCACCAAAACGAGAGACGAACAAAACAGGCAGAAUUCAAUGAAGUUGAAAUGCUGGAGAAAAUCAAGGCAGACUGCCUCAGCAAAUUGAGUGAAAAAGAAGCGAAGGUUGAAGACAACGAUGUCUUCCUGAUUAGCAAUUUUUAUCGAUAUCACUGGGAUUUCGCUCGCCUUACGAAAGCAAUCAACCGCGGGCUACCCUUUCGUAAAAGCGAGUGCUUUCUGUUGUCCAUGAAUGUAUUGUCGAAGGAUAUUUUGGAAAGAAAGGUCACAGCUCUCAAAGGUAAAAUAUGGUGGGUUGCACUAUUUUACUCAUGCAUUGGAAAAGUGGUAAGGAAGACGGAGAGUUCGAGAAGAAGUGAUUUUAAACUCAUUGUUGAGUGUGUAGAAUUGUAUAGAUCGCAACUUGGAUUUCCAAAAGAAGAUUCCAAAGAAUUUAAAAAGAUGCCUCCCGAGCGCCAAGAUGCCAUGAAAAAAUUCUUCUUGAAACCGACAAAUGAAAACGUGAAAUCCUGGCUCGGAAGGUUUGAUACCGAACGUGGUGUCGAAAACAAUGAAGAAUUUCCAUCCUGGUUGAGCGUUGAUAAAGCUAUCGAAGCACCGUACAAAUUCGUGUACAGGGCCCUGCAUCAAGUUUUAGAUGAAAUGAAGGAGAUAGCGCUAGAAAUCGUCAAGGAUGCCACAGCGAGAGCAAAAGCAGAAAUUAACAUGGGCAUAGAUUGAUUAUUGACAAAUAAGAUAAUACUAUUGUAAUUAUCGCUACUCUGGUUUAAUAAAUGAAAGAAAUCACCACACAAAGAUUAACUUUCACUUUAACUUUAAUCUUU